AUGAGCUCUCUUGUUUCCAAUCACACUUACUAUCCUUUUACUGACUUGUUAGGUCCGCCAACUAUCACACACAUAUCUCAUAAUCAGACAGUAAAUGAGGGUGAUAUGUUGAUGCUUAACUGUACAGCUGAUGGCAAUCCACCUCCAAACAUCACAUGGACAAGACUCUCUAGUAACAGUCAUGUCACCUUUCCUAUGGUCGUCGGCAGACACGAUGAGGGAGAUUACAGAUGCAGUGCUGAUAAUGGUAUUGCCAUUAAAGUCCAUGAUGUGUUCAUUACUGUACAAUGUGAGUGAGAUUAAAUAAUUCAUAAAAUAUGCAUGUGUGAAAAAGAUUAUGAUGUCAGCAGUAAAAAACAGUUCAACCUAUCAAUUACAUGUAUGUUAUUGUACGCGCUGAGAUAACGAAUAAAACGGCUGUGAUAUUUUAAAGAAUUGUUUCAUGCUUAGCGUGCGCAAAUCAAGAUAUGGAUGCACUCGGGAAGUUUGGAGAGCACAAGAGAAGCAAAGAGCAUCAAUAAUUCGUUAUACGCACAGCUAAUUACGAUAGCAUGAGACAAUUCUGUUAAAACAUUCCUAACGAAAUUGUUUGCUCCUGAUUAACUGCAAAACUCCCGUAACGUUCGGCACCAAAAAAAAAAAAAAAGCCUUCCAUUGGUUGGUUGCAAACACCAAUCGACAAUCGACUAGUUUGAAAGAAAGUUCAUUUCCUCAAACUGACAGUGAAAAUUUGCUUCUUUAUUCGUUAAAGAUCAUAGAAACUAGGCAGAAACGUAACAUAGGUGUAAGAGUCUUAAGUCCACCUAAAGUUAAAAUAGUCAAGUGCUCAUAAGAAGGCAGCGAGUAUGGUUUGGAUUCGUGAAGUGAUGUCUGUGUUUUGUUCGGCUACAAGAUACACAAGACUGACAUCUGACGUUAUAUUCGUUCGCUAACAAUCGGAGAAGUCUUACAUGUACUGGUCAUUUAAGCCUCUUUAGUGAAUUAGAGAAGUUGUAUUAGUAAGUUAUAAAUAUGUCUUUUUGUGUUAUAACAACAACAACAACAACAACAAAAGCUUUUUUUCCAUGACCAUAAAGGAAUGACAGUAUUGCAAAAGCUAUUAGUCUAAAUUUAAGUACUAAUUCAACUAAUUAGUACGUGCAAAACAUUACAAAACGUUACAGUUCUCAUUCAUUCAUUCAUUGAUAUUAAUUUGGUUCUUAAUUCAAAGCAUUGCGAGAUAAAUGAAACUAAUUGGCAGUUAAUUAAAUAAUCAGAAGAAUUCAUAAGAAGAGAUAUUAAAGUAUCGUGUGAAAGUGAUUUGAAGUCAGGUAUUUUAGUUUCUAGUUUGGAGAAAAAUAUGUCUCUGAUCUGAGAAUAAGCCUUACAAUCUAGUAAGAAAUGAUUUUUAUCUUCGAUUUUGUUACUUGUACAAAAGUGACAUAUCCUUUCAUUGCGAGGAAUGUUUUCGAAACUACCUGUUUCAAUUCUAAGUUGAUGACUACUCAUUCUAAAUAUAAUUAAUGCUUUUCUCGAAGGGUUUUUUCUUGUUAAAACUAGGUACGGCGAGGGGCUAUAGUCGUCUUUGAUUGUACAAUAAAAACUGAGUUUUUGUGAUUGUUGAAGGGUCUGAUUCCAGUAAGAGACGUAUUUAUUAUUCAUUAUGCCGAUAUACCUAUUAACAACUGAGUCACUCAAUGAAUUACAGGAAAAGUCAUAGUUUAGAUCAUAGUAGUCAACCAUUUUCAUGAGAUUAGAGUAAAAGCUAGUUUUUCCGUUAUGAUGAAGGUCAAUUGAAAUUUGUAAGGCCUGUUUAACUAUUUGUCUAUUUACAGCAAGAGGAAUAUCCCACCUCAGGCGGAUUGUUCGGCUUUAGCAAAAGUGUAUGAUUUUCGCUCUUACUGUAUAAUUAACUUGAUUUCAAAAGGAUACAGUAAGGGAAAGCACGCGCGCUAUGUAAUAAAUUAUAAUUACUUAUUAUAUGGCUGAGCCUGUUUUCGCCAUGCGAUUGGUCAAUUUGCGGUCUGUAACUUGCUAUACGGACCAAAAUUUUUAAAGAAAAUGCUCAUUUCGGAGCUCUCAAUCUCUUUACCUCAAAAAAAAGGUUUAAAUAAAGUUAUAAGACGCCUGUCAACAUUUAGGACUUGGAUGUUGACUUUGGUCUUCAACAUUUUAAACUGUGUUUGUUUGUGAACGAAGGCGAUGAAGAAACUAACUCGUAAACGUAUCGAAGAGGACUCUAGUCAGUGUUUGAAAAUUUAUCGGAGCACACCGUUAAGAAGACGAAAAUCGACUGGCAGAGAUUCGAGAUGUUUUGUCCAAGAGAACUGAAAUGAGUAAUUUGUUCGACAAAUAUUAUAAACAUACGUGCACCCGAUCAUCUUGACAAGCUUCUUUGCCAUUUGCAGUGUUUUUUUUAAAGACCAACGAAAGAAAGAUAGAAGCAAGUUCGAACCAGACACAAUGUCCAGUUUUCAAAAGACUCCAGCGUCACAUUAACGAGUGAAUACUUACAGUGCUCUUAGUUUUGACCGAAUAAACUUUAAAUUAUGUCUGUAAAUCCAGAGGACUGGGAUGUUGACUUUGCCUUUCCAAAUUUUAACCUAGCUUUGUUUUAAUGAGAUCGAAGCUGAUGUAGAAACUGAAUCGUAACCUUACCGAGGAAGAGAAUCCCAGUCAGUGUUUGACAAUUUUAACACAGAUCACCAUUGAAGACGAGAAUGAACUGGCAGAAACAGAGGUUGUCCCAAAAACAAUUUACGAGCGAAUCCUUCGACAAUGACAAUAAACUUACCUUGAAAAGCUUCUUUGCCUUUUGCAGUGUUAUUUUUUACAAGGACAAACGGAGGAAACAUGGAAACGACUUUUAGACAGACACAGUGUCGGGUUUCCAAAAUACUCCAGCGUUACAUUAAAGAGCUAAAACUUACAGUGCUCUUAUUUCUGACUGAAUAAACUUUUUCAACAUGGCGAAUUUGUUUUUACUUUCUCGGAAAGCCUUUGUUAUAUGCUAUUGCUUUCGUGCGCCAAAAAAACUUUCUUUUUUGACACCUGUCAAAUGACUGUUAAACUGUGCGUCCUUCACUUGCUUCCGGUCCCCCAAACAGGAAGAAUCCUCGUUUUUUUCCAUCGAUUUAUGGCCCGCGCGCUUCGCGCUUGGGCCAUAAAUCGAUGGAAAAAAACUCGGUCCGUAAUUUACAGUACGGACCGAAAACUCGGCUAAUAAGAGGUAUUUAUUUUUUCUUCUUUGAUUUAUUUCAAGACUCAUUUUUGAGAAUACUUAGUAACUGACUAUUUUUGCCAGUUCUUUAAACGCCUUUACGCGUUGCUCGGUAGAGAGCAGUAAGGCACACCAUGAAGAGUUACAUUACACUGAAGGUUCUUACAAUUUUUGCCUCCCUUGAUUUGAGAAUGAAAGCAUUAAAAAUAAUUAUUAUUCAUUCAAAAUAUAUUCCCGAUUCUGAUUGGCUAAAAGUACACGUUUAAUUCACCAUAACCAGUUACUGAUGACCAAAUUUGGAAGAAUUUUGACUUAAACGAGGAAAUGACGUCAAAAAUGCAGCGUUUUCGCAGGUUAAGGCACCGUUAACCGAGAAGACCUGGGGACAAGGUUGAAUUGUUUUGGAUGUGAACUUGCAAAAAUGGCGGACAUUUCACUCGUUUCAAGAGUAAGAACUAGGCGAAAAAACUGCUAAGAACAUGGCAAGAACAGCAACAAGACUACUCGAAGGGCGGCAUCUGCUAUUUGGAGAAUAUUUGCGGAGCUGGACAAACCUAAACGUACACUAUCGAAGAUGAACUGAACAUCGAUGGAUCGAUAGAGGUAAGCAUGUUUUAGCUAUGUUAUUAAACUAGGAAUUAUUUUGAAUGAAUAAUAAAACAGUUAUUGAAUUCGGCUCUCGUAUCAUAUGAAGAAUUAUGGAGAUCUCGGAGGGUGUUAUGCGCCUCUGCCUACGGCGAUAACACCCCCCUCGAUCUCCAUAAUUCUUCAUAAGAUACUCAGCCUCAUUCAUUAACUGUUAAGUAUCCAAAGCAUUCUACUUAACGCGCGCACAACCUUCCAAAUUCCACGAACAGAUGUGAAAGGACAACCAUAAGAUGAGGCAAAAAAUCACAAUAUCGAUCCACAUAGCACUGCUCUCAAAUUUGCAUUAGAAAAACGAUAUAUUUUAUUUCAGCAAUACUCGUUUCCUUGUUAGCUUCUCAGUAUCGCUGGAAUCAUUAUAUUUUAAAGACGCAGCUACAGUAGAGACGGUCACUCCUGUAAUUUCCCAAGCUUGGAUUGGACAAACAGUGAAAUUGACGUGUAAGGCAGAUGGUGUCCCGACGCCGACCUUGUCUUGGAAAAACCCGAGUGGGAAAGUUAUAAAGCAACUAUUAGAAUUGACAAACACAGUAGAUGUGGCAAUGAGCAGUGAUCAGGACUUUGGAAAUUACACAUGCGAGGCCACUAAUGAUGUUAAUACUGAUACAAGCACACUGCUAGUGCAACAGAUAAGUAAGUUAAAUAUCUAUUGUUCUUCGAUUGUGUUUUAUGAUACACACACACCUACAAUUAGGAAAAUUAUCACUUCCUUCUGUCAUUCUUUCGUGUGCGCACCAGUUGAAUAUAUCUCCAGUCCAUUUAAAGUGUGCAUUUAAAGGUGCCCUUUGCAGCUAAAUAGUCACUUGGGACAAAAACACCUUGCUGGAGAGCAUGAGACGCAGUGGGCUAAGAAAAACACCAUGAUUUGGGCAUUAAAAAAAGGCUAAUUUCCCUUCUCUCCAGAACCCAGUGCGUCGUUUAAUCUCCAGCAAUGUGUUUUUGAACCAUGUGACUAUUUUGGUGCAAAGGGUCAUACCCAUAAAAACCACCUUUGAAAAUGGAAGAAAUACAUACAACCAGUAUUUCAAGAUUUGGUAUGUUCGUUCCACUAAGAUAAAUACAGAAAAUGGGGCUUAAUCAGAUUAUACUUCAAUUACAAUAGUUUGGCAGUUGCCUUUGUCUUCUUUUCUUAAGGGGGUAGACCAUAGGCUAAAAAUUACAAAUCAAAGGAAAAAUAUAUAUAUUUUCCUCUUAGUUCUUUGCGUUAGAGAUCGGUCUUUUUAAUAAUGACAGGAUAAGACGUGUCUCUAAAAAAAUCUUCUUGGGGAAUUAAUUUGGUUCAUAGUGCUCUUUAUCUCUACAUCUUAAAAAGAUUGCGACAUACCCACUCUGAUCUUGUUGAUUACGUCAUGUGUUGAUCAUUCUUUUUCUUCGUAUUUCCGUUUUGUAGCCUUUCUAUACAACGAUCAGAUGCGACACAAAAUGGAGUUGGGAGGGUUUGAUUUUAAAAUUUCCGGACCUAUUUUGCUCUUCUUCAGAGGCACCAGGCUCGCCUACUGUCACAGUGGACAUUGAAGCAACUUCCAUAACAGUUAGAUGGACAAAACCAGCUAAUGAUGGAGGAAGUCCUAUAACAGCAUACAGAGCGUUAAUACUGCGGGGCAACACGAAGAUAGAAAAUAGGAAUAUAACCGAUUUGUCGGUCAAGCAUCAAGAUAUUGGAAGUUUAAGGAGAGGCACAAACUACACUGUCAAGUUGUUUGCCAGAAAUUACGUUUUUGAAGGAAAAGCAACUGAAAGGAAAAUUCAGACCAAGUAUGAAGGUAUGAAAAUCUGUACUAAGAAUGCACUAAGAGUGCAUAAGAAUUGUAUUCAGUCAGUUGAUUAAUUUACAUAUUCAUUUAUUUUUAUUAAUACAAGUAACCAGCACACAGGAGCGUAUUUUUUAUUCGGCGAUAAAUCCGCCAGCCCCGACACUGAAUAUUUGAAGCCAGGGUCCAACAACAAAAAUAACAUAACAUAAUUAAUUACAUUGUCCCGCAGGUAGCAAAAGCUAAUCUAGGCGGGACAGAAGAAGUGAGGGACUGAACUUUUUUUAAAUAAAUAAUUACUACAUAAAUAAAUUUUAAAUUAAUACCAUUACAUAAAGACAAAGUUAGAGGCUCAAGAGCAAAGUCAGUUAAAACUUUAAAGACCUAAACAUAAUUAUUUAGCCAGUCGAACUUUUUUAUGAUGAUAGGUGUUUCUAUAUAAUCAUUUUCUUGAACUAAAGUAUCUAGGAGAAGUCGGCGAAGUUCUCAAGCUACAUGGUAUGUCAUUCCAGUUUCAUUCCUCUUUUUUGAGUAAUGAAAAUUUCAUUACUAUGUGUCUUAAGACUAUCCCCAGGAAGCAAGUCCUUUUGUAUUUAUGAGCGCCUGUCUGUAAAAAACAGACAAAUUCAAAAUUGCACGGCAAGAAUGGAAAAUUCUAUUUCUUUCAUAUUUUAAUUUUACACAGGCUAGGGUAUAACUAAAAUCAUUGUAUAGUUCUUUCGGUGAAAUAUCCUUCUAUUUCAGCGAUAAAUGCAAAGAAGCAAAAUCCGUUAAAAUCGUCAUUUGAGGCGCUCAAUUAUUACAUAGGUUUGAAAGCCUCGCGUGCAAAAACCGAUUACUCUACCGUCUUUAAAACAUAACAGCCUUCUUUUACAGCUUCUAAAUAUCAGUUAAAUUUAUUUGGGGAGAUUAGUGCUCUGUUAUUUGUAUACAAAAUAAUUUAAUUUCGAAGGCAUACAAUUUACUUCAAUAAAAGUGAUGGCUGAAAAACAUAAUUUUCACCAUGUGCGAAACCUUCAAAUCGAUUAAGCUGCUGGUGCUUGAAUGUUAGAAGGAUGGUCUACGGAUUCCUGUAAAAAUAUCUUUGGGUAAAUGAUUACUAGCGACGCGAGAGCUUUACAAAAUCUGUUAAAAAGGCAGAUAUUUGGCCUUCCGCGGUCAACUUUGAAAGUAGAUUAAAAUAAGCAGAUAGGAAACCGUUUUGAAAAGUUCUUACCUUAAAAUCUGCUGUAAAAGACGAGUCCAAAGGCCAUUUUAGCCCAAUUAUCGAGUCGUUUGAGCUUCGUCUUGUAACGUGUAAUCUUACACUGCGCCAACUGUCAACGUGUUCACAGGACGAAUACAAUUCUUUGAUCAACUUUCGGGGCUUUUCAUGACGACUGCACCUUUUUCGACGGCUCAGUCAUUCGUUAAACAUAGCUUAGAAUGUAGUAUCUGAAAAUAUUACCAGAUAUUACAUCUGACUGCUACAACAGAAUGACACAAAAAUGCCGGUGCUCACAUCUUGAAUUACAGGCAGCCGUUUGUAAGUCACGCAAUCCAAUUAAGAGGGGUGGAGAAGGGUGAAGUAGCAAACGGCCACAACGAGAACAAAAGCAAUAAUUACGGCUCAGUUCACACUAUACUGGAUAGCUUUUCGUACAGACACAAAAAGCUAUCCAGUCUAUCCGGUAAAGCAUGAGCACAAAUCCCGUAUGUGACUCUCCUGUUUAGAGAUCGGCGCGUCGCAGCUUUGCUUUUUCCGGGGCUUUUUCGUGCCGAAAUCAUCCUUCUUUGCGUGAACAGAAUCCCUAUCGUAUGCUUUCUUUUUGUGCCUGCACAAAAGCUCUCCGGUAUAGCGUGAAUGAAGACAAUCUAUAGCUUAAGAUAGUGAUACCCUUAGACACGGCUCUUCCCUGUUAAAAUCCAAAUACUGGUCAUUUUGUGUAUCCACAAUUUUGGUUUUCAGCUCCCGGACUGGCCGAUUUUAUUAGACGAUAUCAGGACCGUUAUCAGUGCCAUAACCUGCCGAAAGAAGCCGUACUUGGAACUGUUGAAGAAUUUAGUACAAGGCUGCAGCUGCAAUUCUGUAGAGCAAACUCUAACGUAAGCGUGCAGUCACAGUCUCGGGACCUCUGGCAUUAAGGUCAUUUCCCAACCCUUCUCUUAGAAUCAUAGUGGUGGUGGUGUUACGAGACAGCUCUUUGAAACUUCGUUAUAUUUUGCAAGCUAUGUAAAUACCGUAUUUCCUCGAACUAGCGCUCCAGCGCUUAUUUAAAAUUUCGGCUAAAAGGGGAGCCGCUUAUACUGGAAGGAGAGCGCUUAAUAAGGGAGGCGCUUAUUAACUUUUCCUUUCAACAAACGGUAUUUCUAUUUUGGCUAAUUGCAUCUUAACGCGUUUGGUGGUCUGUCCUGUGCGUUCAUUUUAACUCUUUGUGAUUCAACCUGUUACAUAUCUGUGUACCGUAUUUCCUCGAUAAGGGCCCACGCUCUAUCAAGGGCCUCGUCCCCGAAUAAGCACUCACUCAGUUGGCCAUGAUAUCGAAUAAGCGCCCUCUCUCCUCCUCAUAACUUUCUUAAAUAGUAGGAAUACAAGAAGAAUGGGACGAUUUGCUUAUUGAUGACGAGGUUAAUCUCGAAGAUAAGUGCCAGCGCGUAAAUAGCGUGAAAGAUCGUGACGUCAUUACUACAAACCCUUUUGCAAACACAACUCUAGGCUGAUUUAGCAACAGAACGGGAACGUCAGUUGACGACAGCGCGCGCAAAUCAAACAACAGAGCGGCAAAUUGGCAACGAAAGUCGCGUGUAGUCCUUUCCGGGCGCUUUCCCGUCGUCAACUGACGGUCGCGUUCUGUUGCUAAAUCAACCCAUGCAAAAGUCGGAUUUGCAUGAGCUGUGACGUCUCAAUCUUUUGCAGUGCGUGCGCUAUUCACGCAGUCCCCGGCGGUCGGGGAAAGGGGGGGGGGGUACUUCCAGAAAAAUUGGGUGGGGAUGUGCGGCACGCCUGCUGAAACCCUUACCCUAUUUCAGACCAAAAUCUGUGAUUUUCCCUACCCUAUUUCAGACCUGAUCAAAAAUUUGAUACCCUAUUUCAGACCUGGCCCUUAAAUCAAUACCCUAUUUCAGACCCGCCAUAUAAUCAGUUCCCUAGGUCAGACCAAUGUUAAAGGCAAUGUUUAUACCCUUUUAUCAAGUAGGGUACAAAACUGUACUGUUGCGGAACGUACUCGGAUGGCGUAAAACCCAAAGGGAAAUGGUCUAAUCGCCUGGUGAUGAAGAAGUAGCUUUUUCUAAAAAAACAUAUCCAGACCAAACUGGUCGAAAUUGAUACCCUUUUUUUAGACCAAAACGGCUAAAUAAACCGUACUCUUUGGCGCCGAACACACCUAUAUAGCCUAUAUAAGGGAGUACCCCUCUCCCCUCCCGGGACGCAAUCACUUUACAUUUGUGUAAAGUGUUUAAUGGGACUUCGGUACUCUUGAUUAUAACAACCACUGUUUUAACGAAUAUAAGGUACAUGUCUCGAAGCAUCUGUACAGAAAACUUUGAUAACCUUUUUGUACAAACCAAGAACUGAUUACGCUCACAAGAAUUCGUGUUCAACAGUUCGCAGCUAGCAGCUAGCAGCAUAUCCCUUUUGAUUAGCGCCUGCAUUCUUAUCUUGCCUCUUUUUCAAUUUUGAAACCCUGUUCGCAAAUGAGACACGCGAGUUUUUAGUGUAACCAAUAACGUUAAUUGAUAACGUUCGCGAAAUAAGAUGACCCAACCAAGGAUAGCUGUCAAAAUAAAAGGAACAGAGGAUUUUGUCGCCUGACAAAAAGCUGUAGGCAUCUUUAAAGUUUUGGUAAUUACAAAAUUUUCCAAAUUUUUGCAAAGACCAAACUCUAUUUUUUGUCGCAGUGCGAACAGGUUCAGUUUUUUUGUCGGUGUUUACUAUGUCGUAAGAGAAGUUGUAAAAGAAGGCUGUGAUGUUUAAAAGUCGGUAGAGUAAUCGGUUUUUGCACGCGGGGCUUUUAAACUCAUGUAAUAAUUGAGCGCCUCAAAUGACGAUUUUAACGGAUUUUGCUUAUUUGCAUUUAUCUCUGAAAUAAAAGGAUAUUUCACCAAAAAACCAUACAGUGAUUUUAGUUAUACCCUAGCCUUUGUAACAUUAAAAUAUGAAAGAAAUCGAAUUUUCCACCCUUGCCGCGAUAUGUUUGAUUUUUACGGACAGGCGCUCUUAUGUCAUUAAGGUAUAAAGGAAUAGAUUAACGACUGAUAAAUAUUUAAAAGUAUACAUCGUGGUAUGAAAAGGCGCAGUUUGGCAAUCAGGCCAACAGUUUUAUUAAUUUAUUGCCAAUAGUAUUGAUACGGAAUUUCCAGGAAAGAUGUCUAGUAAAACGCCCAGAUAGUCAAUAUAAUCUUUUGAUCCACGUCUUGCAUUACC